CCUCUUCCUCUUUUCUGUUCUGAUGACAACAAAGAAUGUUGACUGAGUCAACAUUCUUUCUUCAUCUGUUUUCAUCUCUCAUGACCACGAAGAAUGUUGACUCAGUUCUGGUUGAGUCAACAUUCUUUCUUAAUAUAUAUAUACAGUGUUUGUUUGUACAGAGAGGGAGUUUUUGGUUUUAACGUUUUGUGAUUUUAUUCUUACGAAUAAAGUUUGUGCGGGCUAACAAUAUUUUCUAUGACUUUGUGAUGCAGAACAGUAAAUGGAUCUUUAAAACGUACAAACAUUAAGUUUUGACGGGAAAAAAUUUUGAGAACUUUUUUAUUUUAAUCCAAGCAGCUUCAAAUUAUGAGAUAAUAUUGAUUUUUUUGUACCUAUUUGUAGAGUAAAAUCUCCUCUACAAAAUACACUGUCUUAGUUUAUUUUUUGAGUUGGAAAAAACAGCCAAAAUUUACACUUUAUUUUGAGCUAAGUUUUGUGUUGUUUUGUUAAAAUCACGUUAUAUCUAGAACGUAGCUUUCAGGAAAACUCUCAUAACUUCUCACCCUUUUCCUGUACUCAUUUAAACAUCUCUUACGAUUCAGAAUUGUUUGCUCUACGAUCCUACGUACUUAUAAAUUUUUCUGCACAUAGUACACGAAAGCUGUACCCUUCAUUUUUUCAGUGAUUCAAACUAAAGGAUUAGUGACACUAAGACCGCUUUUUGCCCACAAUGGAUUCGACUUUUUUCGAUACAAAAUGUGUCAGAGCGAUGUCUGAAACAUAUUCCACCGCUUAGUUUCACGAAAUUUCAAUAUGAGUUUUUUUGAAGCUUGGAGUAACCCCCUUCCCCAAGAUUUUCGAAAAACUUUUUUGUCACAUUUCCAUAAAACCACGUGGACUAGAUGCAGUUUCUAACGUUGAUCACGAUUAUCACGUUUGAAAUUGAAAAAGAUGGCGUUUUUGCGGAGAAAAUCACAUUUUACUACUGAGAGGCCGCUUGCAGUGAAUUUUCAAAUUUCAUCCUACCAAAAAGUAUUUUCAUUUCUUUCAAAGCAGUCCUAAAUGUGCAGAAAUGUGUUUGCUCUAUCUAUCUAAAGUGAAAAUGGUUCUUAACAUAUUGAACUUAUAUGCAUUAUUUCAACAAAAACAGUAUAAAACGAAAGGAAACUGCUAUUAUGCUUUGUUGUGGAAUUUACCGCACCUUUAUCUAGUCUCCGACCAAUGUCUAAUAUUAAUAAAUUGGCUCAGUUUUUAAUGCUUUUUUCCAAUAUUUCCUUUAAACCGAGAAGAAACGUAUAUUUCAUGGUCAAAUUGGAAAUAUACCGAAAAAUGAGCUGAUUCUGAGUGCUCUGAAUUUUGCCAUCAAAACAAAAUUUUAUGUCAAAAUAAAUGGAAUAUUUGGAAUCUACGUGAAAAAUGGAGUCGAAUGACAUAUCUUAAGAGAUUGCUGUUAAUUUCGAUUUUCGACCGAAAAAUUCGCCCUUAGUACACCCCAGGAAUAUCGGAAAACAGAAUUUUUCAUUUCUUACUUUUUUGAUAUAACUAGUGAUUUCAGCAAUAUAAAACGCAAAUCAAAGUCCGAAACGCAGAAAUUAUACGCAGAAACUAUUUUUCGAUAUUCCUGGGGUGUAGUAAGGGCGAAUUUUUCGGUCGAAAAUCGAAAUUAACAGAAAAUCCUUUAAGGUACAUCAUUCGACUUCAUCGUUUACAUAGAUUCCAAAUAUCUCAUUUAUUUUGACAUAAAAUUUUGUUUUGAUGGCGAAAUUCAGCAAAUAGCACUCAAAACCCGCUCGUUUUUCCGUAUAUUUCCAAUUUGUUGAAAUAAUGCAUAUAAGUUCAAUAUGUUAAGAACUAUUUUCACUUUAGAUAGAUAGAGCAAACACAUUUUCUGCACAUUUGGACUGUUUUGAAAGUAAUGAAAGUGCUUUUUGGCACAUACCACAAGAUUGUAGCUUACCCUUGGCUCUUAUACAAUAGUUUUCAGAAGAUGAAAGUUGUGGAAGCAUUUUGUCUAGAAACUUUAUCGUCAUACCCGUUAAGCUGAUAAGCUUUUUCUUUGCUCUCUCCACAGAAUACCUACACUGUUCCAAAUAUCAUUAUUCCAAUACAAGACAAACCUGAUUGGUAUUUCUUGGGUGAUUAUUCGUUAAGAGCUGAUAUAUUAACAAAUGAUGGUGGUCACAUGGGUUGUAUUGAAUUUGAAUUAGAUGUGGAAUAA